UAGGCCGGGCGGCCAGUGCCGGGCGGCCGGUCGUCUCGAGUGGCGGCGACGCGAAGCAGCCAAGAAGCCAGCAGUAUGACGCGGUGGCGGACGGGCCGGACGGGCCAGGCAGCAAGCCUCGCGGUGGCCUGCCUCCUCCACCUGGCGGGCUGCGCCCAGGCCCAAGGGGUUGACGGCGACCUGUACAAGUCGGUGGAGGCCUGCCAGAAGGUGGUCAAGAGGCACACCAUCCUCUCCGAGGGCACCACUCAGAGCACCCUGCAGCAACUCAUGGAGACCAACAGCACGAUGGAGGGCUACCUGCGGCAGUGGGGUGCCCGCGUGGUGGCGGGGGCGCCGGCCGGCACGGAUAUCGCCGACGCGAUCCUCGUCUGCCAGCAGGAGUACGUCAAGUCGGCGGAGGCCGUGAGGGCCAAGCUGGAGGACAAGCUGCGCCAGAGCAUCGUGCGCCAGAUCGCCUGGUACGACGAGAAGAUCUUCAGCCUCUUCACGGACGUGCUGUCCGACCAGGGGAUGGCCGGCGUGGUACAGACAGUUCAGAGCCACUUGGAGCCGACGCUGAAGCAGUUCGACAGUGAGGCCGUGUCGGGCCUGAAGCAGUCGGUGAAGGACUUGAAGCCAGCGUACCAGACGGCCUCCAAGUGCAUCAGGGACCUCUCCCUGCAGAGCGACGACUUCCCCGAACGAUACGAAUGAGCCGCUUUUGUGUGUGCGUGUGUGUUUGUGUGUGAGUGUGCGUGUGUGUAUGAAUGCUUGCGUUACUUAUCAAUCAUCCAUCUCGGAAUCCAGGUACAGAUGCAUUAAAGUGAUAUCCAGGAAUCUCCAA